GGACCGUAAAGAUGUUCUCGAUAAAUUGAAGCGAACAAUUGCAGAGGGCAAAGUCAUUGUUGGUGCUGGUGCAGGUCGGAACAGAGGCAGAGAAGCUGCACGCGGUCCUCCGCUGACACUUUCACAGGAAUUGGCUUGUCUGCCAAGUUCAUCGAAAAGGGUGGAGCGGAUUUGAUAAUUGUCUAUAACUCAGGUCGGUAUCGUAUGGCGGGGCGUGGAUCGCUGGCGGGCUUGAUGCCGUACGGAGAUGCGAAUGGUGUAGUUCUUGAAAUGGUGAAUAUUAUCAUCUUCCAGUUAGUAUUAGGACCUUCUAACGAGCGAACUUUGCGCAGGCCGGAGAAGUGCUGCCAAUUGUACAGAAUGCUCCAGUUCUUGCUGGAGUAUGCGCGAGUGAUCCGUUCCGCUCGAUGCCUCAUUUCCUCAAACAGCUCAAAGAACUCGGCUUUUGUGGCGUCCAGAAUUUUCCAACCGUCGGUCUGAUCGAUGGCAAGUUUAGACAGAACCUCGAAGAGACGGGCAUGGGUUACGAUGAGGAAGUCAAGAUGGUCAAACUUGCUCAUGAACUGGGCCUGUUGACUACUCCUUACGUUUUCAAUGUUGAUGAAGCCAAGCGUAUGGCACACGCUGGGGCUGACCUCCUUGUGGCUCAUAUGGGGCUCACGACAGCCGGCUCAAUCGGCGCGACGACAGCUUCAUCAUUGGAUGACUGUGUCAAGUUAAUCCAGGAUAUCAGAGAUGAAGCGGUCAAGAUCAAUCCUGAAAUCAUUGUCCUCUGUCAUGGUGGUCCCAUUGCUGAAGUUCAGGAUGCCGAAUAUGUCUUGAGUCGGACAAAAGGUGUUCAAGGCUUCUAUGGGGCGAGCAGCAUGGAACGAUUGCCGGUCGAGAUGGCGAUCAAGCAAACCACGGAAUCCUUCAAGUCACUCAAGGCGGGUCAGUGAAGAUCUGAGGCCGGAAGAGCAAAUUGAACAUAGGAAACUGUAUAUGAGAAAGUGAAGGGUUUGCAGUUAAGCAUGGCUAAAAUGACCUCGGGAUUUUGGUAUAGUCAGCCUAAAUCUUUACCGAGCUUCGGUGCUGUAGAUUGGCAUCUCCACGUCUUGUUAUACUGUGUUCAUAAGUGAUGCAAAGCAUAUGACAAGCUUGAUCACACAAACUUACUCUUAUUAUCCUUUUAAAUUUCACUUAAUGAACGGUAGAAAAAAUCGAGAAGAAUACGUCAGAUAAAAAUCAGCAGUCAAAAAACGGAUUUUUAAUCAAGAAAAAAAAAAACAAAAAAACCGUAAUGGAGAAUGACGAGACGUCACCUGAAAAAUAAGGCUCUAUACGAG